CUAUCCACUUUUGUUUUCUUCCCGUACUUUGUAUAUGGGCAUGUCAGGCCAUAUAUGCGCAGUUCAGGCCAACAACUUUCCGCUCCCGUUAUAUGCGUAGUUUAGCAGUCGCAGAACAUUUUUUUAGUUUAGUCGUACAAAAGCGCAUGUUAGCACUCCGCCUUCGUAACUCGCAAAGAAACUUUCCAUUCUCGUCUUCUUCCCGUGUCUUCCUGUUUUGGGGAUUGGUUGGCUAUUUCAAUUCCACCAAAUUUUCCCCUCAAACAUCUCUCUCAUCUCUUUCUUCCUCUCCCACAGAGAAAACAAAAAAAAUUCCUCGAAAGCCUAAACCAUGAGUCGAAUGAUGGGAUUGCUCGAUCUCGAGAAACACUUCGCCUUCUACGGAGCUUAUCACAGCAAUCCAAUCAACAUUGUGAUCCACAUCAUCUUCGUAUGGCCGAUCGUCUUCACAGCGCUGCUUCUCCUCCACCCCGCGACCCCAAUUUGCGGCCCUUCUCAAUUAGGGCUUCCUCAAUCGCUCGACGGCGUUCUGCGAUUAAACGUCGGCUUUAUCGCCACAGUGGUUUAUGCUCUGUUCUAUAUCUGUUUGGAUAAGAAAUCUGGAUUUGUAGCUGCUCUCAUGUGUUUCGCUUGCUGGGUUGGUUCCAGCUUUCUCGCUACUAGCUUAGGACCAUCCCUAGCCUUAAAGUUUGUUAAGUAUUCCUUUGAAAGAGAAAAACAGUACAUACUCGCGGAAUCCCUCUUUGAUGUAGAUACUGUAACAACUUCGCUGUCUUUUCAACAGGUUGGGUUAGCAUCUCAGCUGUUAUGUUGGACUGGGCAGUUCCUUGGCCAUGGCUUGUUCGAGAAACGAGCACCUGCGCUAUUAGACAACCUAGUCCAAGCUUUUCUCAUGGCUCCUUUCUUUGUGUUGCUUGAGGUUCUUCAAUCGGUUUUCGGGUAUGAACCAUAUCCCGGUUUUCAAGCGCGUGUGAAUGCCAAAGUAGAAAGUGACAUAAAGGAAUGGAGAGAAAAGAAGCAGAUCAAGAAGAAUAAGAUCACAUAAACUUUGGAUUAUGUAACUCAAGAACUUAAAUUCCCGACUACUAUGUUUUCUAUGUUAAAACCGAGAUUUAUAAUAAGACCACCAUAUGGAUUGAUGGAUUUUGUGUAUAAAGCUAUGUUUUAAUAUAUUGAAAGUUGCAAACGAAAGUUGAACAUUUAUUUUUGAAAGAGCGGUUCAAAAACCACCAUGGUCA